GGAGCCACACGCACCGACACCUCCCGUCCGCAGCGACAGGCCGUGCGCAUUUCGAACCCGCACCGUCCGAGGACGCAUCAUGGCAACGACCACUUGCACGCGCUUCACAGACGAGUACCAACUGUACGAGGAGCUCGGCAAGGGGGCCUUCUCAGUGGUGCGGCGAUGUGUUAAACUCUGCACUGGUCAAGAAUAUGCCGCCAAAAUCAUCAACACCAAGAAGCUGUCGGCCAGAGACCACCAGAAACUGGAGAGGGAGGCCAGGAUUUGCAGACUGCUCAAGCACCCCAACAUCGUUCGACUCUAUGACAGCAUCUCGGAGGAAGGCUUCCACUAUCUCCUCUUUGACCUGGUGACAGGAGGGGAGCUGUUCGAGGAUAUAGUUGCUCGAGAGUACUACAGCGAGGCAGACGCCAGUCAUUGCAUCCAGCAGAUCCUGGAGGCCGUGCUCCACUGCCAUCAGAUGGGGGUGGUACACAGAGACCUCAAGCCAGAGAACCUGCUGCUCGCCAGCAAAUGUAAGAAUGCAGCAGUGAAGCUGGCUGACUUUGGACUGGCAAUAGAGGUUCAAGGAGAACAGCAGGCCUGGUUUGGUUUUGCGGGGACCCCGGGUUAUUUGUCCCCUGAGGUGCUGAGGAAGGAGGCGUACGGUAAACCUGUGGACAUCUGGGCGUGCGGUGUGAUCCUCUACAUUCUUUUGGUGGGUUACCCUCCUUUCUGGGAUGAGGACCAACACAAACUCUACCAGCAGAUUAAAGCAGGAGCGUAUGACUUUCCUUCCCCGGAGUGGGACACAGUGACUCCAGAGGCAAAAAAUCUGAUCAACCAAAUGUUGACAAUCAACCCAGCAAAGAGAAUCACUGCCCAGGAGGCUUUGAAGCAUCCAUGGGUCUGUCAACGCUUGACAGUGGCCUCUAUGAUGCACAGACAGGAGACAGUCGAGUGCCUGAAGAAGUUUAAUGCCAGGAGGAAACUCAAGGGUGCCAUUUUGACCACCAUGCUGGUGUCCAGGAACUUCUCUGUGGGUCGGCAGACCACGGCGCCCGCUGUUGUCAGUGCCGUGGCUGGAACCACCGUCGGCAUCGUAGAACAAGCUAAGAGUCUCCUCAACAAGAAGGCUGAUGUCAAGGUAAGUUCUCUUCCCCUCUCUUACUCACUUUUUCCCACUUCACCACGUGGCAACUGCCCCUCCCUGAGCCUGGAGGCUCAGACUACUGUUAUCCAUAAUCCAGUAGAUGGGAUCAAGGAAUCCUCUGACAGCAGCAACACAACUAUUGAGGAUGAAGAUGUGAAAGCUCGCAAGCAGGAGAUCAUCAAGAUCACAGAGCAGCUUAUUGAAGCUGUCAACAACGGAGACUUUGAGGCCUACGCAAAAAUAUGCGACCCCGGUCUGACCUCGUUUGAGCCUGAGGGCCUGGGAAAUCUGGUGGAGGGAAUGGACUUCCACAGAUUCUACUUUGACAAUCUCCUCUCCAAGAACAGUAAGCCCAUUCACACCACUAUCCUGAACCCUCAUGUGCACAUCAUCGGCGAAGACGCAGCCUGCAUCGCGUACAUCCGUCUCACUCAGUUUGUUGAUGGGCAGGGCCGUGCCUGCUCCAGCCAAUCAGAAGAGACCAGGGUAUGGCACCGCAGAGACAGUCGGUGGCAGAACGUCCAUUUCCACUGCUCGGGAGCUCCUGCUGCCCCACUGCAGGGAUGAGGAAUGUGAUUCCGAUGAAGAGUCAGCGAGGAGACGAAAGGGAGUGAAGCAUCGAGAGAGAGAGAGGCGCAAGUGGAUGGACUGUCCUUCAGUUUGUCCGAGGUGUUGCUGGUUGCUCUGCGCUCUGCACGCCCUCCUUCUUCUCCUCUCUCUGUCAACAACAACAACAACAGAGCGGGCGGCUCAUCAGCCACAAACAUUUUAGCCCAUCCUGUCUUCAGUCGGCCUGUGAUUGGCUGCACACAUGCGGGGAGUGUCCUCAGCUCCGUCAAUCAAAGCCUCUCACGUGCACUGUCACCCUUUUAUUCUACUUCUUGUUAACUACUGCUACUAUUACUCUGGCUGCAGUUUCUGGUUGUGCUCUUUCACGUGUCCAGUAUCUUUAAUCGUAUUUUAAACCCUCUUUCCAGUCCGUUGUUGUUUUAUAUGAAGAGUAUGACUCGUACCCGUGGCUGAGUUCCUGCACGACUGCCUGCUGUGUCGCAUGAACGUAUCCAACCACACGUCUCACACUGCAAAUCUGAAAUGGCAGAUUUAACACCCACAGAGUUAAAAGUAAGGACUGUAAUAGUGGUUCCAGGUAAACCCUGGAUGAGUGUUAAAUUAACACUCACUCAUACCUGCUGGUUCAUAUCCAGUUACAUACUGUUGGAAUUGAUUAUU